GUGCUUAGUAGCAUCAAUAGCUGUGUUACUCAACUUUGAACACAAAAGAUCAAUCUAGUAAAAUUGCUACUUCAUACCUCAUCUACAGAAGAACUUACAGCCAAGGUGAUAUCGCUUUUACACGUCUAUGGAUCAUGGGAUGACACCAACGAAAUGUUUACAUCAAAUUGCUGGAACAUUUAUCUCAUCAGUUUAGAAGCAGGACGUCGUGGAUGGUUUGCACUCAUGCAAGCUAUAGUGAGGAGCUUAUUUAAAAAGGUUCAAUCUGAGGAAAGUGCAUAUUGGCUAAGGGCAUUAGGUUCUCUAGCCUAUGCUGAAACACAGGUACCAAACAACAUUGGCACAGUCACAGCCAAUAUUGUAGAUUCUGUGACAAAACAUUAUGUUAUGACACUUGAGGCACUCAAGGCAUUAAAUGGAUUAGGUAAGGAAACAUCUGUACAGCUAUACUUUGUUGAGAUGCGUAUGGAGAUGAAUGUUAUCAUACAGCUGGCGUUAUCUACCUUAAAUAUGGAUACAAAUGAUGACACAGCCUUAAUAAGGCAGUCAAGAUGGAUGCAAGAAUGUGCAGAUCGUUUUCGUAACUUGGCCAUUCGAUUUAACUUGAGCGAACAACCUGUGGAAGUGGAUGAUAAAGAGAUUUUACAUGUACUCGCAACCUAUAAUACAUGUAUUCUAGCAUGCGAGUAUGCUGCGCGUUCCUUUGCUGCUUCGAAUAAUCUGUUCUUUUGUGUGAACCCGACGUUAAUUCCGAUUUUGAUGGAUGAUAGAGUGGAUGAUGAUAGUACUAGCAACCUUAGAGAAUCUAACCUUAUGAAGAUAUGUAGAAAAUUUGUAAAGACUGUUGCAGAAUGGGAAAAAGUUUCUGGUCUGGAGAGUAAUCAAAGACAUGAGCAACGUAGUCAACAUAUGAAGACAGCAUUAGAGGCUAUUCUCAGGACACCAUUCAUAUUACCCAAAGCAUUCUUUAAAUGUAGUGGGAGAAUGCCAAUUCCAAAACUAAAGCAUACCUGUUAAGAGUACAAGUAAGAGUAAUAGUAGUAAAAGAGAACUCCUUUCAUGAGGUAUACGAGAGACAUAAGCUAAGGAAAGAGA